CCGUGGUGUCUUCCGGUGUGGACAGAUCAGCUGAUCUCGGUGUAAACUGUAAACAGUCAGGACUCUACCCGAGGUGUGUGUGUGUGGAGGAGGGAAAGUAGAGUGAAGGGGAACUUCCACGCGUGUUUUAUGUCCGUUUGUUUCUCCGCGGACGCUGAUGGGGAGCGCGCGCUGUCUGCGCGGAGCGGUGCGGGUGUCUGCGCGGCUCCCCGCCGUUUAACGGAGGGCGCACGUGAGCACAGCUGUCACCAAACUCCUGACGGACAUGGAGUCACUGCAGGGUUCCAUGGAGCAGCUGGAGCCAGAGGAGGAGUUCCUGCGGUUUGCCCGGAAUGGAGAUCUGCCUGGAGUUCAGAAGCUUCUCUCAUCCCAGCUUAAAGAAGAGAGGCAGAUCAAUAUCAACUGUAAAGGUAAAAGUAAGUCUAACCUAGGAUGGACACCUCUUCACUUGGCCUGCUAUUUUGGUCACAAAGAAGUUGUGAAGGAACUGCUUAAGGCAGGUGCAGAUGUUAAUUUGCCCAAUAAUAUUGGAGACACCCCUCUGCACAAAGCUGCCUUCACAGGAAGAAAGGAGAUUGUCAUGCUGCUGCUGCACUAUGAUGCAUGUGCUACUGUCAUCAAUGGGACAGCACAAGUUCCCAAAGAUGUCACUCAGAAUGCUGAGAUCAGAAGCAUGCUGGAAGCUGCUGAGAGGACAGAGGAGAGGAAACUGGAGGAGAAACUCCUGGAAGCUGCACGGGAAGGAGACCUGGCCUCGUUGAGUCAGCUGCUCACCAAGAGAAAGCCCUCGGAUAUCAACUGCACAGAUCUCCUGGGAAACACUCCACUGCACUGUGCGGCUUACCGAGGCCAAAGGCAGUGUGCCCUGAAGCUGCUGAACAAUGGAGCCAGCCCCUACUCAAAGAACAAGAACGGUCAGACGGCGCUCGACCUGGCCAGUGGUACAGCCAUGCAGCAGUUUCUUGAAGCCAACAUUCAUCGGGGUUCAACUCGUCAUGUCAAGAAGUUUGAGGGUCUCAUCUGGAAGAGCUCCAGAUUCUUUGGAUGGCGUUCCUAUUGGGUCGUCCUUCAGGAUGGGGUUUUAUCCUGGUACUCAAAGCAAUCUGACGCAGCUGCCAAUGUAAGACGGCAAGGAUGCAAAUCUCUCACUAACUCUCACUGUUUGAUACGAGCCAGAGAAGACUGCUUUUUUACCCUCAAGUGCUUUGAUGACAGCGUCCACCAUUUCAAAGUAUCACCCAGAGCGGACCCUGAGGCGACGAGAAAGGCAUGGCUUGAUGCCCUGGAGGAACACUCGGCUUACAGCACACACUACUGCUCCCAGGAGCAGGACAGUGAGGAGGAAGAGGAGGAGGAAGAGCAAGUGAUGUCACUUGGGGAUUUGUCUGAAUCAUUACAGGCAGCAGAGGUCAGCCAGAAGAAGCUGGAAGAGGAGGUGGCAGCUUUCCUGUCCCUGCUGAGAAAUGACGCCAUGUCCAAACAGUUUCCAUCCGCGGUUCUGCAGAAAAUGCAGGAAAUCUGUGAUCUGUCCAGUGAGACCUCAUCCAAUCUCAGUGUCUGUCUCAGCCUCUUAUCCAAGCAGCAAGGGGUACGCAGUUUGAAAUUGGAGCAGGAGGUAGAGAAGAACAAGAUCCUUUCUGAAGCACUACAGACUCUCGCCACAGAGCACCACGAACUUGAGCAAUCCGUCGUCAAGGGAUCUUCGCCGCGGAGCGCCCUCAGUGACGAUGACUUCCACGACGCUGUAUCUGAAUCAGACUCUGAGAUCUCCCUGAGCGGCUUUGAGACGGUCGCCAGCCAUUCCUUUGACGAGGACGAAGAGGAAGACGAAGGCUCUGUCAUGCUAAGCAGCCCUUGUAGCAGCCCAACUACCAGCCCAACUACCAGCAUGCAGCAGGAGUAUUGCCAUGGAGACAAGAACGAGACUCAACCCAACGGAAUAACAAAGCAUAGGAUGAGCUUACCCGCACCAAUGUUUUCAAGGAAUGACUUCAGCAUCUGGAGCAUCCUGAGGAACUGCAUUGGAAUGGAGCUCUCCAAGAUUACAAUGCCAGUGAUUUUCAACGAGCCCCUCAGCUUCUUGCAGCGUCUGACGGAGUACAUGGAGCACACGUACCUCAUUCACCAGGCCAACGCCAGCUCAGACUCUGUUGAGAGGAUGAAGUGUGUGGCUGCGUUUGCCGUGUCCGCCGUGGCCUCUCAGUGGGAGCGCACAGGGAAACCCUUCAACCCUCUGCUGGGGGAAACCUACGAGCUGGUCAGAGAGGAUCUGGGUUUCAGGCUCAUUUCCGAGCAGGUGAGCCACCAUCCUCCGGUCAGCGCCUUCCAUGCUGAGGGCCUUAAGCAAGACUUUGUGUUUCAUGGAUCCAUCUACCCAAAGCUGAAGUUCUGGGGCAAGAGUGUUGAAGCUGAACCAAAAGGCACCAUCACCCUGGAGCUCCCCAAGUACAACGAAGCCUAUACGUGGACAAAUCCUACCUGCUGUGUUCACAACAUCAUAGUGGGUCAGCUGUGGAUCGAGCAGUACGGAAACGUGGAGGUGAUCAACCACAGAACUGGUGAAAAGUGCUGCCUGAAUUUCAAACCAUGUGGACUGUUUGGGAAAGAGCUGCACAAAGUGGAAGGUCAUAUUUUUGAUAAAAGCAAAAAGAAGCUGUGUGCGCUCUAUGGGAAGUGGACAGAGUGUCUCCAUGUUGUUAACACGGCAGCCUUUGAAGCUCACAAGAAAAAUGACAAGAAAUCCUCUGAGGACAAGAAAUCCAGCAAAGCGCAGGGCAGCAGUGGAGACCAGGAGGACGUUCCUUCUCCAGCUGCAGACACUGUGGAGGUGAUUCCUGGCAGCCAGCUGCUGUGGAGAAUCGCUCCCAGACCCACCAAUUCCACCCAGAUGUACAGCUUCACAUGCUUCGCCAUGCAGCUGAAUGAGCUGACCCCAGAGAUGGAGGGAGUCAUUCCCCAGACCGACUGUAGGCUCAGACCUGACAUUCGCGCCAUGGAGAACGGCAACAUUGACCUCGCCAGUGAAGAGAAAAAGAGACUGGAGGAGAAACAAAGAGCCGCUCGCAAAAACCGAAGUAAAUCUGAGGAGGACUGGAAGUCGAGAAGUCCUGCCCUGGGCCCCAGGUGGUUUCAACAAGGCCAGAACCCCCACACCCGCUCCCAGGACUGGCUCUUCUCAGGCGGAUACUGGGACCGGACGUACCCCAACCUGCCGGAUAUUUACUAAUGCACAUCUGCUGCCUCGCAAUAAUGGCUCCACAAGGAGCAGUUUCCACUGUUCAAUUUUUUUAUUUAAAAAAAACUAAAGUUACUCGCACACAGACAAAGAAGCACAAUGUAAAUAGCCUGGCCUUAAUCCACUUUAUGACCAAAAGCUGUGCAUUAAACAUGUCUCAAUCAUUAGUUCAAAUACUUUCCCUAAAGAAACAUGGUUGUUUAUGUAUAUAUUGGACUGUUGGCUCAGGUCCAUGGCGUUCAUGGUUUUAGUGAACAUCUAUCUACUUCAAAUUCUUCCUCACUGUAUGUUUGUAUAUAUACAGCUCAUGUUAUUCCCAGUUUGUCUGGAUUUGAAUCAUUUUACAGAACCUCCAGCAGGAGUUAAGUAGAAGCUGACGUGAAUGUAUCUUCCUCAUGUAUCCUGUACAAAUCUGUUCCACAUGUGUUCCAUUUAAACCUGUACCACCCUGAUA